ACACUUAACAACUUAACUUGGUCUCUUCAAAGUCUGACACACAAGCAAGUAAAAAAACACAGACUAAACACAUUGUUUUUCUUUGCACAAAUCAAGUGGUGCUCUCUAGGUGAUGGAUAUGAUUGUAUAAGUAGCUUGAUUUUAUGCUUUUUAAAUGUCAAUUUUUUUAUUUUCUCCCCCAUUGCUUUUCCCCCUGUUAUGCACAAAAGCUGCCCAGCACACCAUCAGAAAGUGUGAUGACCCUCCCUGAAACCCCGUUCCUGUGGGAAAAUCUUGCCAGCAGGAUAAUAUUGGACACCGCUUACUACAGAAGCAUGGCUGGAAACUGGGCCAGGGCUUGGGGAAAUCUCUCCAAGGAAGAACAGAUCCCAUCCCUAUUGUUGUCAAAUAUGAUGUCAUGGGCAUGGGGCGGAUGGAAAUGGAGCUUGAUUAUGCUGAAGAUGCCACAGAACGGAGGCGGGUCUUGGAAGUGGAGAAGGAAGAUACUGAAGAGCUGAGGCAAAAGUACAAGGAUUAUGUAGACAAAGAAAAGGCAAUUGCCAAGGCUCUUGAGGACCUUCGAGCGAAUUUUUACUGUGAGCUCUGUGAUAAGCAGUACCAGAAGCAUCAAGAGUUUGACAACCACAUCAAUUCCUAUGACCAUGCCCACAAACAGAGGCUGAAGGAUCUCAAGCAAAGAGAAUUUGCUCGCAAUGUUUCAUCGCGAUCCCGGAAAGAUGAAAGGAAGCAGGAGAAAGCCCUCCGGCGUCUCCAUGAGCUGGCUGAGCAGAGAAAGCAAACUGAAUGUGCUCCAGGAAGUGGGCCGAUGUUUAGAACCACUACUGUGGCUGUAGACGAGGAAGGAGGAGAGGAUGACAUCGAUUCACCAGCUCCCAGUAGUUGCUCCUCUUUCUCAUCAGCAUCUGGGCAGGUUACCAGCAUGACCACAGACAAGGGAAUUGGUUGUGCCAGUGGACAAACUACUAGCAGUACUGGGCUUGGGCAGGUUCCUGUCCAGGUACCACAAGCCAUCAGCUCAGGGGUUAACCCUCUUAAGAUUGGUGUCUCUUUCUCAUUCGCCAAAAAGGCUCCUGUGAAACUAGAGUCAAUUGCCUCUGUCUUCAAGGACCAUGUAGAUGAAUCCAGUUCUCCUGAUGAUGAAGCCAAAGCUGACGAGAGAGCCCAUUCUGAUUGUGUCGCUUUGGGGAAAGUUGGAGAGAUUGAGGGAACAAACAGCCCUGACAGCAAAGGAGACGAAGAGGAGCAAGCACAUGAAAAAGAAGGUCUAAACACCACACUGUCGAAAUUGAAAAAGAUGAAACGAGACGAUGGGCCGAUGGCACUAGAACCAGAGUAUUAUCACUACAUCCCACCUGCUCACUGCAAGGUGAAACCAAACUUUCAGUUCCUGCUGUUUAUGAAGGCUACAGAGCAAGUAGAAGCGGAAGCUCUGAGCAAGAAAUUGGCACAUGAAAGGAAGCGGAGCAACUCUCCUAAACCCAAAGUUGCAAAGAAUGUUGAAAAGGCAGCAGUGGCACAGUGUGCUGCCCAUCAGAAGGAACCGAGUCCUUCCAGCAAAAGCAGCAAAAUUGAAGAUAAAGACACCCUGGAAGAGACUGGCAGGCAGGAAGGCAAACAGCUCAAAGGAAGUGACUCUAAAGAGCCGGAGGUCACUAAAGAGCUUCCGCAGCUUGCAUCAACCAGUAAAGAAACCACAGAUGGGCCUAAGCAUUUAACAGGGCCUUUCUUUCCAGUGCUGAGUAAAGAUGAGAGCACCACUCUUCAGUGGCCUUCAGAACUGCUGAUUUUCACCAAAGCAGAGCCCUCUGUGUCAUACAGUUGCAAUCCCUUGUAUUUUGACUUUAAGCUGUCUCGUAACAAAGACAUUAAAGCUAAAGGAAUGGAAAAGCAGAAAGCUGCAACCAGCCUUCCCAAGGAGAAAGUGCUGUCUGCUGAAGAUGGCAGCAUGAACAAGAACAAAGAGGUAAACCUUCUAGUGGGCACCUCCACCACAAUGCCAGAAAGCAGGUCUCUGCCAGUGUGCAGCAAACAGGAGACUAACCCUGUAUCUACUGGCAAGGGUGACGGUCCAGAAGACAGCAGCAAAGGCAGCCUUGUUGGUCGCAAGGACAAAAUGGGGAAAUCCCACAAACACAAGAAGAAGAAGAAGCAUAAGAAGUCCACCAAGCAUAAACACAGACGCAAAGAUGAGGCAGAGGACAAAAGCAGAGAUGGGGACCUGGCAGAGGAGAAAUCCAAGAAACGAAAGAAACACAAACACAAAAAGAGCAAGCUUUCCUCUUCUGCUGAGCCUGACAGGGCACAAGGGACCGAUGACGCUGGCCACGCCAAGAAAAGGAAGUGGUGCACUCAAAACUCUCAGCAGAAGCCUCUUUCUACUGAAGAAAGCAGCAGCAAGAAAGAGGACAGUGGCACCUCUUCCCAAGAUCACCGCAGCAAAAAAGCCAAGGGAGACCUGCAGCAGGCAUUGUCUGCAACCAAAAGGCGGGCUUCCACCUCUGCAUCUGGCCACCCCAGCCACCGAGGCCAGCAGAGCAGUGGUGGCUAUGAGAGCGAUGAGGACUCCUGCCACAAGCACUCCAGGCAGAAGUCUGCUUCACAGUACAGUGAUGAUUAUGACUCUGGCAGCGACUGUUCACGAAGCCGCUCCCGGUCAGGACGUAGGCAUUCCUCCCGAAGGUCAUCCCAGAGGUCAUACUCAACGAGUUCGUAUGCCUCCUCGGACAACAGUCGGUACAGCCGGCGGCGCAGCUACUCGGAAGACAGCUAUAGUGACUACAGCGACCGGUCACGGAGUCGUACCAAGCGCUCUCAUGGCUCGGAGGAUGAUUCAGACUACGCCAGCUCCAAGCACAGGUCAAAACGGCACAAAUACUCCUCUUCAGAGGAUGACUAUAGUUUGAGCAGGAGCAGGUCCCGGAGCCGAAGCAGAAGUCGAACUCACACUAGGGGGAGGUCAAGGACAAGAAGCCGGGGCAGGACUCGCAGCAGUAGCUGCAGCCACAGCCGGGGGAAGCGACGGAGCCGCAGCCGAACAGGGCACAGCUGGAAACGGAGCAGGAGCUACAGCCGGGAGCGUAGCAGAAGCACUAGAAGCCUUUCUCAGCGGUCUCUUUCGAGGAAGGGCUCCCGUGGCCAUGAGAGCCCUGGCGAGAGGAGAUCUGCCCGGCGAGACUUCAUCCGCUCAAAGAUCUACCGCUCACAGUCCCCGCACUACUUCAGAGGCAGGCAAGGUGAAGGGCCUGCGAGAAAGGAGGAAGCAAGAGGAGAUGAAGUGACAGGGAUCAGCAGUCUCUCCCAAAACAGUGGCAGCUCCAGCUUGGGGAGCCACUGUAGCUCAGAGGAGAAGAACUCAGCCACAGCCAAGCUCCUUCUGGAAAAAGUUCAGUCCAGGAAGGUGGAGAAGAAGCCCAGCAGUAAUGAGGACUCCCUUGCAGGGCUCCACAAGGUUGGGAUAAAGCUGAAAGAUCCCCCACAAGGCUAUUUUGGCCCAAAGCUCCCACCCUCCCUAGGCAACAAGCCUGUCCUUCCAUUAAUUGGGAAGCUCCCCACUGUCCGAAAGCCAAAUGCCAAGCAGUGUGAGGAAUCUGGUUUAGGAACCGGAGAGGAACUGGAGCUGUCAGAGCUCAACGAAGCCACUCACGAUGCUGGUGAGGCAGUUGUGGCAAGCCAACCCCUAGCAGAGGAAACCCUGGUGAUGGGAACCCAGGACAGCCUUCCAGAGGAUCAGAAACCAGAAGAAGUGGCCACAGAGAUAGCCCCUGUGCCCCUUGAGCCACCGGUGCUCCCGGAACACUUUGGAUCUGGUGAUCUGGCUGUGACACACACCUUCCUCCCCGACCCCACUGAAGGUGAAGCUGUGGAGCCUCUGGACAGUGGAGUCCAGCCUGUCUCCAUGGAAGGCAGGAUGGUUCCUUUGGUACCUGAAGUGGAGCACUUCUCUGGCUAUGUACCACAGAGUGGGGAGCCGAGCAUCAGCGGGGAGCCAGAAGGUGCUGAGGAUUCUUCCCUGGCCCCGCUGGAGAGCCAGCCCAUCACCUUCACCCCUGAGGAGAUGGAGAAAUACAGCAAGCUCCAACAGGCUGCUCAGCAGCACAUUCAGCAACAGCUCCUUGCCAAGCAGGUCAAGGCCUUUCCUGCCUCAGCAGCCUUAGCUCCUGUCACAGCCCCUGCCCUGCAGCCCAUCCACAUCCAGCAGCCGGCAGCCGCUGCAGCCACCUCCAUUACCACCGUGCAGCACGCCAUCCUGCAGCAUCAUGCCGCAGCAGCUGCUGCAGCCAUUGGGAUUCACCCCCACCCUCACCCCCAGCCUCUCGCUCAAGUGCACCACAUCCCUCAGCCCCAUUUGACCCCCAUCUCACUGUCCCACUUAACCCAUUCAAUCAUCCCAGGGCAUCCUGCCACUUUCCUAGCCAGCCACCCCAUCCAUAUCAUCCCUGCCUCUGCCAUCCAUCCAGGUCCCUUUACUUUUCAUCCUGUCCCCCAUGCUGCCCUCUACCCAACCCUCCUGGCACCCCGGCCAGCUACAGCUGCUGCCACGGCAUUGCACCUCCACCCCCUUCUGCACCCCAUUUUCUCAGGACAGGAUUUGCAGCACCCACCCAGCCAUGGCACAUGAAGGAGUGAGAGAGGCAGCUGGGGAGGGGAGGGUUAGGGGGAAGAGAAGACAGGGGCAUGUCUGCCUGUCUCUGUGCGUGCGUCUCAGUCUCUUACUCUCUGAAAGGCGGUGGCUGUCGCUGGACCUGAGAACAGCCGAAGAGGAGGAGGAUUGGACAGGGAAAGGGAGACUUGAGGUAACAGAUCUGUGAAAGAGCGGGGAGCUGUGUUGCUGGUAGUUUGCCUGUAAAGAGUUUCAGGGGCUCAUGCAUCCAGGGGAGUUGCUCUAUAUUCACCUCUGUAGGGAUGCGAGGUACUUUAGCAGGUGCGCCCCUCUUUAAUUUCCAAUGCUCAUACUAUCAUUUACUUCCCACUUUGAAGACCUAAGUGGGCAGUGUCGGUCUGUUUUUGGCACCACUAUCUGUUAGUAUAAAGCGUGAAAAUAGUGAUUUGAAUCCACCAUAAAGCUUAACCUGAGCAAAAGAGCCAAGAGAUAUUGAGCACUUCGACCCACCCCUCUGUUGCCCUCCUCCCUCUCCAGCUCCUAAUUGAGAACUAUGUUCAGUGGUCUCCGCUGAGCAUCACCAAUGGGGAACUUGCUUGUCACUGACCAGUUUCCAACAUCAGGCAGGCUUGGCAGUGCUCUCCUUUUUACACACCCUUCAUAAUGCUGCUGUGAGAGAGAGCAGUCCCUUUAUCAGUCCUUGAAGCAAUAUGUUGUAAUGGAGUCCUGUGAACAUCCUGAACAUGACUCUGUAACUUGUACUCUUUCCUCUGUAAUAUUGAUGGUUCCUUAUUAACUUAUGGUUUUUUUCAGAAGAAGAAAAAAUGUAAGAAAUUGCACUGAACUCUGUACAUGUCAAUGCUGCUUUUUGUAGCCCCUCUGACAAAUGUUCCAUAUUGGUAGUAUACUGCAAUAACAUUUUUUUAACAGCCCGUUCUUUGAGUGGUACUCGUUCAGGUGGCUUUGGUUAUCUAUACAUUUUGAUGUAGUUGAAAAGGAAACACUUGUCAAAGGUUCAGUGCUUCUAGUUGUGUGGCUAGGGCACAAGAUGACUUCAAGCAUGUAUAUUUUAUUGAGCUCAUUUUUUUUAAUGUACCCAUAAAAUGAAAAAAAAACUCAUUUUAUAGGAGAAAAUGUGAUGAGAUUUGGAAUAAACAAGGGAGCAAUGAUCUGGACCCCUUUGUAUCACAGCUAAUGAAUUCCAUCCUGUGUAAUAACAUAUGUUAUAAUUUCUGUGAAAAGCAGGCUUGUGAGGCAGCUGAGGUAUUCACUGUGUUCUUCAGUCAGUAGCCAGGCCACUAGUUUGAGAGAAAUGGCCAGUUGGUUUGGCAGAGCAGGAGGUCAUUUUCAGUCACAGGAAGGGAUGGGACCCACAAAAAACAUCAAGAGCCCAGCCAUUUUUCCUGGGAUUCAACCACUUGUUUUGAGUCAUUGCAACAACGUAGCUUCUAGAGGUAGGGGUGUGUGGUGUGUGUGUUAAGGCUUCUUGUUUUCAAAUAUGUGCUUUUUAUGUUUUGGGGAGGUUUUGAGUGGUGUGUUUUGUUCUGAGGCCCCUUCCUCUUCUUUCUUGGGAUUUUCUUCUAGAAUUAUGGGAUGCCCUUUCCUCACCACUAUCCCUUUUUAAUGUAGGUGAUGUCUGCCCUUGACAGAAAAGGAACCACCUAAUUGCCACUCCUAAAAAACAAAUAAAAGUAGCGGCUGCCAGUUAAUCUCAAGGUCUCAGUUGGGGGAGGAGUGAAAAAAGAGCCCAACUUCACACAAAGUGGUAAUUGUUUGGCACCUGUGUCCAGACCAAAAGGGCACUACUAGCUUGUAUCCUGAGACAUGACCUCUGUUUCAAAAUUUUGAAAAUUACCACUGUUACCUGUUGCCCUGAAAUUCCUGGACUCUAGACUGCUCUAAGCUUCCUUACAUUUUGCAACAAAGAAACUAGCACUGGAAAAUGCUGCUCUGACGAAGGGACUCAGUUGUUGGUAGUCGCUGUAGAUAUUCCACAAGUAACAGUAUUAAUUUGUCAGUGCUUCAUUCCCUUGAGGUUCAGAUGGGAGACGCAGCACCCCAACAGGGAUCAGGAGGAGAUUGGACUUCCACAAGAGUGCUUACAACAAAGAGAACGCACUAUUACUUCAGUAUCAGCAGGUUAUAUUUAACUUUUGUGACAUAAAAAGUAUAUAUAUAAAUAUAUAUACAUGCUGUAAAAAUGAGGAAAAUAAACUUUCUAAUAAACUA